UCAUCUCCGCUCGGAUCGGGUUUCGUAUGUGUGUUUUCGUUCCGUUUCAAGUUCAACUUGUGCAACAGUGAGCAGAGCAGCGGUGCGUGAUAGAAAAGGUUCAAAUUCAUUGAAUCUAAUUGAAUUCAAUCAUCCUUUGUACGUGCAAAAUGUUCGCGAGAUAUUCAUCCAACAUUGUCCGAUCCACCCAGCUUCGCCGGUUCCAAAGUACACUGGUCCUGGCCGAGCACAACAACGAAACCUUGAACCCGAUCACGUCCAAUGCUGUGACCGCUGCCAAGAAGUUGGGCGGCGAUGUGACGGUCCUGGUCGCCGGUACCAAGGUCGGUCCGAUUGCCGAGGCCGCGGCCAAACUGGACGGUGUUUCCAAGGUGCUGGUCGCCGAGGGUGAUGCCUUUAAUGGGCUGGUUGCCGAAGCCGUGACCCCACUGGUGUUGGCCACCCAGAACCAGUACAAGUUCACGCACAUUCUGGCGGGAGCUUCGGCCUUCGGUAAGGCUGUGCUGCCGCGUGUCGCCGCCAAGCUGGACGUAUCUCCGGUGUCCGAGAUUAUCGACGUCAAGUCCGCGGAUACUUUCGUCAGGACGAUCUAUGCCGGCAAUGCCAUCCAAACGGUCAAGGUCAAGGACCCAGUCAAGGUGGUCACCGUCCGUGGAACAAACUUUGAAGCGGCCGGCACCGGUGGAAGCGCCGCUGUAGAAAAGGCCCCCGAAGGCAACUACAAAUCCGACCUCACCGAGUUCGUCAGCCAGGAACUGACGAAAUCCGACCGGCCAUCGCUGACCGCUGCCAAGAUUGUCAUCUCCGGUGGACGUGGCAUGAAGUCCGGUGACAAUUUCAAAAUGCUGUACGAUCUGGCCGACAAGUGGGGAGCAGCCGUGGGUGCCUCGCGUGCCGCCGUCGAUGCCGGAUUUGUGCCCAACGAUCUGCAGAUCGGACAAACCGGUAAAAUUGUAGCUCCAGAGCUGUAUGUUGCCGUUGGAAUUUCUGGCGCAAUCCAACAUCUUGCUGGAAUGAAGGACUCGAAGACGAUCGUAGCCAUCAACAAGGACCCAGAGGCACCGAUCUUCCAGGUCGCUGACUACGGUUUGGUUGCCGAUCUGUUCAAGGCUAUUCCGGAGAUCAACGAAAAGUGUUGAGAACCGUUCAAAGCGCAACUAGGUAGGUUUAAACAUCCCAUAGAAAGAUUCUCCGUUCUAUUUGCAAUAAUGGGUACAAUUCGGCACGAAACAAUCAGGGUUGCGGAAUUUUUGUCCGAAGUAAAAUCGUUAGAAAGCAAAUGCAUUUCUCCAUGUUAUGUAAUAAAAGUGAGAUUUUUUGUAUGACUAAA